UUCCCUCUCCAGAAGUCGAUUGGAAUAUUAAGCCCAGGAGUUGCUUUGGGGACGGCUGGAAGUGCAAUGUCUUCCAAGUUCUUCCUAAUGGCUUUGGCCAUAUUUUUCUCCUUCGCCCAGGUUGUAAUAGAAGCCAAUUCUUGGUGGUCGCUAGGUAUGAAUAACCCUGUUCAGAUGUCAGAAGUAUAUAUCAUAGGAGCGCAGCCUCUCUGCAGCCAACUGGCAGGACUUUCUCAAGGACAGAAGAAACUGUGCCACUUGUACCAGGACCACAUGCAGUACAUCGGAGAAGGCGCGAAGACAGGCAUCAAGGAAUGCCAGUAUCAGUUCCGACAUCGGCGAUGGAACUGCAGCACUGUGGAUAACACCUCCGUGUUUGGCAGGGUUAUGCAGAUAGGUAGGAGAGAGACGGCCUUCACGUACGCGGUGAGCGCCGCGGGGGUGGUCAACGCCAUGAGCCGCGCGUGCCGCGAGGGCGAGCUGUCCACCUGCGGCUGCAGCCGCGCCGCGCGCCCCAAGGACCUGCCCAGGGACUGGCUGUGGGGCGGCUGCGGCGACAACAUCGACUACGGCUAUCGCUUCGCCAAGGAGUUCGUGGACGCGCGCGAGCGGGAGCGCAUCCACGCCAAGGGCUCCUACGAGAGCGCGCGCAUCCUCAUGAACCUGCACAACAACGAGGCGGGCCGCAGGACAGUGUACAACCUGGCCGACGUGGCCUGCAAGUGCCACGGGGUGUCGGGCUCGUGCAGCCUGAAGACGUGCUGGCUGCAGCUGGCCGACUUCCGCAAGGUUGGCGACGCCCUGAAGGAGAAGUACGACAGCGCGGCGGCCAUGCGGCUCAACGGGCGCGGCAAGCUGGUGCAGGUCAACAGCCGCUUCAACUCGCCCACCACGCAGGACCUGGUCUACAUCGACCCCAGCCCCGACUACUGCGUGCGCAACGAGAGCACGGGCUCGCUGGGCACGCAGGGCCGCCUGUGCAACAAGACGUCCGAGGGCAUGGACGGCUGCGAGCUCAUGUGCUGCGGCCGCGGCUACGACCAGUUCAAGACCGUGCAGACGGAGCGCUGCCACUGCAAGUUCCACUGGUGCUGCUACGUCAAGUGCAAGAAGUGCACGGAGAUCGUGGACCAGUUCGUGUGCAAAUAGUGGGCGCCCAGCCGCCCGCCUGUCACCCAGCCCCGUUCCCAGGACCCACUUAUUUAUAGAAAGUACAGUGAUUCUGUUUUUUUUUUUUAAUGUUUUAUUUUCCCCCAAGAAUUGCAGCCGGAACCAUUUUUUUUUUUUUUUUCUGUUCCCAUCUAAGAACUCUGUGGUUUAUUAUUAAUAUUAUAAUUAUUAUUUGGCAAUAAUGGGGGGUGGGAACCAAGAAAAUAUUUAUUUUGUGGAUCUUUGAAAAGGUAAGACAAGACUUCUUUUGAUGGUAUAGGAUGAGGGGGAAUAGCACAGACCCUGACUUAGUUGUGUGCACAUCUAGAGGGUUUUCUUUUUCUCAGUGUGGGGUCACAUAGGACAGGAGCAUCCAGCUGGAAGAGGGUGGUCCAAAUCUAUGCUCCAUUCAGCCUCCGCGACCAAAAUGAAUUGCAAAUGCUCUGGUGAAAGGUCUUGAGAAACAAACAAACAAAAAUGAGACCCCCUCCCCCCCCUUUUCCAGGGGCUACCAGUCUGAAACAUUUUCAAAAUGGUAAUUUAAAAUGUAAGAGGGAGAAUCCUGUAUCUCUCAGAAAGUUAUUUCAUGUGUCUCGUGAUUCUCAAACAUUCCAUGUGCAGAUGGUCCUACUCUAACAGCUACUGAAACUUGAGGAGCAGGGAGCAAAGUCUCAGAAGUUAAAAAAACGUAAAAACUACCAUAUUAAGACUGAUUGGAAGCUGUUACAGGAAUUAGGUUAUCAGAUUGGGGAAAGCAUCUCCGAAUGACUCUGGGUUGUAGACUUUUUGUUUGGAGAGGGGCGGGAGAGGUUGGCUUGGAUAUAAAGGAAAAUAUACUGUAAUUUUCUUAGGGAUACUUGGUUAAUAAAUGAUAAUAAUCGAAAUAAUAAAUGGAUUCCAUUCACAGACCCUCCGCCCAAACAACAAGGUAAUUGCAUGCAGCUCAGCUCUGCAACGGAGCAGAAAACCUGUUUGCAGGGAAGGCGUGAAACCUGCCCUCCCGCUUGACCCCAAACCCUGUCUGAUUCCUCCUGGUCCUGUCCCACUGAGGAGGUGAGGCUGGCCACCUCCACUGGGAGGGCCACUGGGUCCCCUUUGAUUGCAGGAGAGGAAAUGAACCUUUAGGAGCUCCCCUUGGAAAACAGAUACUUAGGGAUUUUUUCCCCCUAGAACUUUUAUUCUGAGGAGUUGUAGUUUUUAUAUGUUUUAAUGACAUUACUUGGCUAAUGGAGUUCACAGAGGUGUUGCAACGUUUCAUCAUAUGAUCCUGUGUUUAGACUCUCCACUCAAGCUUUUCCUAUUAUACUGCAGGUGAACCCUAAAACUGUUCCUAGUGUACUUGAACAGUUGCAUUUAUAAGGGGGGGGAAUGUGGUUGAAUGGUGCCUGAUAUCUCAAAGUCUUUUGUACAUAACAUAUAUAUAUAUACAUAUAUAUAUAAAUAUAAAUAUUAUUAUAUCUCAGUGCAGUCAGUGAUCUAGAAUUACAUUUUACUCUGGGGUUAUUUCUUGGUCUAGAGCGUUGCCCUUCAUUGAGAUCCAUUGGGAUUUUUCCAAAGGGUUUUCGAGUUGAGCUUGGGCUGUGGCCCUGAUGUGAUGCUCCCUUGAGCAUCAGAAAACAGCCUCGUUUUUGAGGAAUCUGGAAGGUCUUCCUCCCUGAGAUGCAUGUUGGUUUGAAGAUUUCUUUUAUCUUUUCCACCCCACCCCCUUUUCUCCAGCCUCCAUUUCUGUACAUUUUUCCUGAGAGGGCAUUACUUGUUGGUAAUAGACUUGGAAAUGAAGAGAGAUUCAAAACUCAGAAGCAUGGUCAAUGCUUCUCUCUCCUUAGUUCCUUGUGCAGAGUGGAAACUGGUGCCUGGUAGAUCUAGUAGUACCCGAAGGAAAAUCCAGUUCAUGACAUAGACAGCUAGUUUUAAAAUUUUUUAAAACAGGACACCUCUUUCCAAAAAGUGCCAUCAAACAUCUUCUUAUCUCAGACUUACAUGAUUUUAGAAGUUUGGAAAGAUACACACCUUCUGCAGCCUUCAUAGGCUUGGUGGCCUUCCCAUCACCUCAGCCAUCUGUGGCUCUUAAUUUAUUGCACAAGGAUACUCACUUCCCCUCAGUUGCAGUGAGUUGCAAGCAAAAGAUCUUGAAAUUAAAAAGCACUAAUUAGUUUAAAAUGUCACUUUUUUGGUUUUUAUUAUACAAAAACCAUGAAGUAAGUUUUUAUUUGCUAAAUCAGAUUUUUGUUCCUUUUUAGUGAUUCAUGUUUAUGAAGAGAGUUGAGUUUAACAAUCCUAGUUUUAAAAAGAAACUAUUUAAUGUAAAAUAUUCUACUUGUCAUUCAGAUAUUAUGUAUAUCUUCUAUGGCCUUUAUUCUGUACUUUUAAUGUACAUAUUUCUGUCUUGCCUGAUUUGUAUAUUUCACUGGUUUAAAAAACAAACAUCAGAAGGCUUAUGCCAAAUGGAAGAUAGAAUAUAAAAUAAAACGCUACUUGUAUAUUGGUAAGUGAUUUCAAUUGUCAUUCAGAUAAUUCAUGUGGAGAUUUUUGGAGAAGCCGUGAGGGAGAGUGUAGGGUGACUACAUGUCAGAAUAACAGAAGAGGAGAAUUUUUACCAAAAUACCAAACUAUUCGGAAGUUUCGAAAGAUUUCUAUAUGUAACAGAACAAAAGGGAGAUUCUCUCUUCCUAUAUAUGUUCCUUAAAAACCCAAGCAGAUGGCUCAAAGCUGGUUAUAGGAUCGCUCGCAUUUUUUCAGCAUUAUGCAUGUAACUUAAUUGUUUUAGAGCGUGUUGCUGUUGUAACAUCUCAGAGAAGAACUGAAAAGGCACAUGCUUGUAUCCAUGACCAGAGUUUUAGCCCAAAAAAGUGUGUGUGUGUUUACCACUGCAACUCUUGCACCUCUGAAGUUACUGUGGACUUGAGUGUCUCUGUUCCCCUUUGAAAGUCAUUUCGUGAAAAGCAAGCUUCUAUCUGCAGAGAAUGAAAACUCAUUGGAAACUGAAGGCUCGUUGUGUUAAGUGCAAUUAAUACGGGUUCUCGUGCUUUCCGAAAGUGUACACCGAAAUCUGGCCAGCGCUGCCCAGAUUGAUACGUUAGCCCUUUGCUUUUUUUUUUCUUUCUGGAUAACCUUGUAACAUAUUGAAACCUUUUAAGGAUGCCAAGAAUGCAUUAUUCCACAAAAAAACAGUAGACCAACAUAUAGGGUGUUUAAAAUAGCAUUUCUGGGCAAAUUCAAACGCUUGUGGUUCUAGGACUCACAUCUGUUUCAGUUUUUCCUCAGUUGUAUAUUGACCAGUGUUCUUUAUUGCAAAAACAUAUACUUGAUUUAGGAGUGUCAGCAUAUUUUUUCCUUUGCAUCCUGGAAUGCAUUCAAGAUCUUCCCAAUACAGGAAAAUUAACAAAAAAAUUUAUACAUAGGAAACGGCAGUCAGAGCCAUGUUCAAAAUAGUAAUUACGGAUUCGAGUGAAAGGAAGACUGUUUUAAGUUUUAGUUCAGUUUAUCUGCUUAGCUGCUGAACUCCUGACUAUAUGUUUAGUAGCCUGCCCAAACCCUUUGCUCAGAUGAUGCCAAUACCAAGUUUCAAUGUGUUUUUGCAAAACAUUAGGCAAGCCACUGGAAUGAUCAAAUAUGACACUCUAGCAGGAUAAGUGCUCCAAAUGAGAGAUCGGCACUGGCCGACUCCAAGAGAUCAUGAGCAAAAAGUCCCCAAAGGCUGAGUGGUUCGAAUAUAAGUAGAGAGGGACAGAUAGAAAAGGUACUUGGAACUUGAAGCAUGUAUGUGAUGCAAACCCACACCAAGGCAUAGGUCUGAAAUACUGCAUUGUCACUGUAAACAGUACUUUAAGCAUAUUUAUUUUUUUUUAGAAAGUCAUUUUUAGUCUCUCCUCUCUCUGUGGAAUGGUGAAAAACAGAUGCCGUGUUUUGAAAGUAAGACGAUGAAAUGAAUUUUUAAAACAGGAAACAUUCAGCAACAUAGGAAUUACAACUUAGUAAAGGAAUCUUCUAAUGUACCUGUUCGUACAAACUUUACACUUCAACCUGAUGAUUGGAUAAGAUUCUAUUUUAGUGAAACAUCAUCUUGUUAGACAACUUUAAAAAAUGGAUGUAGAAAUGAUUAAAACUUGCUUUGGUUUUUUUUUGUUUUUUUUAAAAACAAAAAUGUAUCAAACUGAAUGGAGAAGAUUUAAUUAAAAUGCUGUCUCAGUAUUUCAAAAGCUAAAAAGGGGUGAGGAAAAUUGCAUCUCAGACCAGUUUUAUAUGCAGUGUACAAUUUGCUGGGCUAGAAAUGAGAUAAAGAUUAUUUAUUUUUGUUCAUAUCUUGUACUUUUCUAUUAAAAUCAUUUUAUGAAA